GAUUGUGUGCCAUUUUCUUACAUUUUCUGCAGUAUGUACAAGAGCCCACGCAUAUACUGCAAGGCCUCAAUGGCAGAAGACCCUUCUUAAAAUUCCCAGACAUCAAAGUAUGUACCCCCAUGCAAAUUGUGUUGUCCCAGCAGCAUCAUGCAAUUAACAUGAUGUUACUUGAUCUACGGUGCCAUAUACUUCCAUAUCCUCCCCAAACAUUUUUUGCCACCAGGGCAGAAUCCUUAUUUGCAGGACUAGCAAUCUUAGACCAAAUCCCAUACAUUGCUUGCCAUGAAGUCACCUAGAAACACCCCUUGCCCGUGUGACUUAAGGAGAUCAGCUUCAAGACACUUUCACAAUGUACAUAUGCAUGCCCCCUUGCAAGGCCAUGAAGCCAAAGGAAGCACACAUGCAAACCUUUAAAGAAGGCUUUAUUCCAGCCGCAUAUGAUCAGGGCAUCAUAUUUGCCCAAAUAGACAUCCGACCAAUGCAUAAAGUCCUAAGAUUGACAUGCAUGCGUUCUGUAUGCAAAAACAAAAAAAGAGCUGUUCACUAUCAAGUCAUCAAACAAUCUGAUCUCGGAAAUGCAGGUCCUAAACACUCAUUAUCUCUAUGCGCACGCUGAGAAACAGGAAAAACCAACCUGACAAUGUGCAGCAUUGCACACGUAAAGAAUCAUACCUUCCAUCAUAGGAUGACCUGAUCAAUCCCAUCAUAGAAACUACUCCUGCAACCUUUAUGUACCUCUGCCUAUCAGCAGUGUUGCAUGCAUCUUCUAAAGAAUAAAAUAAUCCAUAAUGUAGGAUCUGCAUGCCGCAAUAUUUCUUGCAUAAAUCAACACUGCAGAGCACUUGCAGACAACUGAAAAAAUGUAAUGCAAUCUUGUUCUCUCUCUGCCAUUCUCAGGCAUGCGUUCAACUAUCUCCCUACCUAUUCUAUCAACUGCAAUUUGGCGUUCAGCUGGCCUAAUCUACCCUUUCAUGCAUUCUUCCAUUCCCAUGCUGGAUGCAGAGAAACUGUUGCCCUCCCUGCCCCUUUGGGCGGACAGUGAUUUCAUUCAUUGGCUGAUUGAGCUAUACAUUGGCUGAUUGAAUAUCAAUUUGCUGAGACUGAUGCAGCUGUCUUGCAGCACCUACAGACCCUUUAAAGGGCUUAUUCUGAUAUCUACCCGGGUGGCUCUGGAGCUUUCUUGCAAAUAUGCUGAAGCACAGUUGUGCAGGUCCAGGCGUAUCAAUUGCUGCCCAAUUUGAGA